AUGAGGCUUGGUUCAACAGCCAUCAUUUUCGCUAUAUUCGCUUUUCUGUUAUCUUAUUCUUCACAGGCGCAGGAGUUCGCCGUCAAGGACAAGAUUACGGGCUUCAACUCGGCCGCAAGCAAUUCCCUGAACAAUCAGACGGCCGGUGCCGGCGGCCGGCAGAUCCUCUUGACGCAGCAUACCUUUGCGCGGCAAACACAAGUCACGCGCUUUGUGCAGCUGUCAAAUUCAACGCUCACGGGUGCCAACGGAUUUUCCUAUUCCGUAAGAGCUCUUGCCUCCCCUUAUGCGGAGCUCUUCACCGGAACCGCAACGCGCACAAACAGAACCGUCUACAGCAAUGUCACGUUGGCCGGAAACAACACCAAUCUGGAUGAAUUCUCCAUUUCAGGGUUGACCCUGGAUCCAGGAACCUACUGGAUCGCCGUCCACGCAAGCGACGGGAACACCUAUCAGGUUGCUGCCAAUACAGGCGACGACCCCGAGCCGUUGCUUGCCGAAAAUGGUGGGUUGCCUUUUCUGGCCGGCACAAAUUUUCACAUGUAUACGAUCCUGUACGGCAUCGGUCUGUUUGACGCUACUUUUGACGAACAGAAGAAUAUUGCCUUCAACACGAUCCCUGCCAACGUGUCGCAGGUCAACUCCAUAAGCUCCCUGACACUCGCGUUGAUCAAUCGACGCUUGUCGCGAAUGCAGAACGACACGUAUCUGGCCGCCCGGGCUGGCGCUGCUGCAAGUCCAAAUGGGUAUUUCGACGAAACAUAUCUGAACCGGUAUGCGGAAACCCCGUCUGGCAACACGCCCUUUCCGGACACUGCAAUCGGGACCAACGGAAACCCGGGCGCUGCCAACUUGGCGGGCCGCAUCAGGGUCUGGUCGGAAGGCAGCUUCGUUUCCAUCGAUCACGGUUCGACAGGCAGCUUCAGCGGCUAUGACGGUAAUCUGGUUGGCGGUCAGCUGGGCGCCGACAUCGACAUCACGAAAUCCCUCGCGCUCGGCGUUGCCUACGGCCGAAACUACACCGACACCGAUUAUGUGGACGAUUUGGGGAACACGCAGUCAAACAGCGACCAUUUCUCGGCGUUCGCACAAUACAUCCACGAGAACGGAUUUUUUUCCAGUCUGGUAUACAGCUACGGCCAUUUCGAUCUCGACCUGGACCGGAAUGCAGGCUCCUCGGGGACUGCCAAGGCAUCAACAAAUGCGGGUGCCCACAGUGUUCAGGGGACCAUCGGAUAUCGAUUUCCACCUGUGAAGGCGUUUACGACAAGUGUCGAAUCAAGGCUUUGGUACACGAAUAUCAACGUUGAUGGCUACACCGAGGGGAAUGCAGGCAGCGGGUCUCUUUCCGUUGACGAGCAAAACUCAGACAAUGUCUCCGUUUCCGUGGGCUUCAGCACCCGCUACAACCACGGCAACUUCAGUCCAUAUGUCAGCGUGUUUUAUCAAUACAACAAUCUGGAUCUGGGGGACGCCACCGUCAGCCUGAUUCAGGACCCGAGCCUGACGGCCACACAGCAAUAUGUUGGAAACGACGGUGGCAGUGUGAAUUUCGAUCUUGGUCUCGAUUAUGCCUUCGGCGGCGGCUUCACUGCCGGCGCCAACUAUGCGACAUCUCUGAGUGACGGGGACCUGACUUAUCAUGGGCUGAAUUUUGCCUUGAACUACGUUUUUUGA